AUGGGCUUCAUAACAUCACAGGCCGCCAUUCAACGUUUUCCAGAUGGUACCGUCGAGAUUCAUGUUCCUCAAACACUGACACCUGAACAAGAGCAAUACGAAUUUCCUCCACGAUCACGUUUACUCAAGAAGUUAGCAAGUGCUACAGCUGAGCGUAAACGAGUAUCUCUAACAUUACUAGAAAACGAUAACAAUUCACACAUGCCACCUCCACCUCCACCUAUACCAGCACCACACGCAAAGAAACCAGAUCAACAUGCCAUGGAUGAGUGGUUUUCUAGUUGCAACGGCAAUAAUGCUACUACUGCAACAACUAGAAGAAGGCGGACAAGAAGAGGAUCAAUCUUUGAUACAUCAUCGUUUACCACCAGCAGCAGCAAUGUACAACAACAUCAUCGUCCUCUUGUUCCUUCAACAACUCGUCGCCUAACACAACAACAACAUCACACUAAGAAUGUAACCACUGCCGUUCAUGAUGCAAUGGCACCGUUGCAAAGCAUAACAGGACAACGCUUGACUCGUUACUCCUCCUUGACCCCACCACCGGAAGACGAUCCCGCUCGUAAACAUUACGUACCUCGAAAGUUGCUACGACCACCUUUAUCCUCAUCCUCUACCGUUACAUGUUCAUCAUCAUCAUUAUCGACCAUGUCAACAACCUCCACCCAUUGCCGUCAACGUCCAGAGGAAAACAAAAAGCGAUUUGUGAGGCUAGUGGAUGUGUUCCAUCAAAAAUUACAUGAACAGCAACGUUUAGUACACCAACAGCAACAUGUUGAAAUGACGAGUCCACCUUCCCCACGUCCAACAGCUAUUCUCAAUAGUCAAUACAGGAGCAAAGGAACCACCACCACCAGCAUUCGAUCUACUUGUAAAGGCAAAUACUUGAACUUUGCUCAACACCAUAACAACAAUCAACGUCGUGCAGCACCCACCGCUAUCACUCGAUGA